ACAUUUCGUCGGAAUGUAAACACAGCAAGAGCAAAAGAAAACAGCUCAUUCGCAUUAGUUAGAGGGUGUUGUGGUUCCUUUUUUCGAGUUCCGGUUGAUUGUGGUCAUAAAAGAAUUAUUGCGGACUACAUUAGUGAUUUUAACACGCACAGUAUGUUUCCAUUGCACACACCGAAUGGUGUGAAAUGGUGCAGUUGGCGAUUUGUCCCCUGUUUGCUUCUCUUCCUUCAGAUAAACCUAGGUGCAAAUGGACAGCGCAUGAAGGAUAACAUGUACACAUCGGUCAGUGGGGCACAUUGUUUUCGCCGACUAAACGGAACACACGUAACGGGUUGUAGCUCAAAAAAUGGUGGGUCGGUCGGAGUGUUGCAUUUAAUCAACAGCAAGGAAGACAUUGAUUUUAUCGUGCACAAGCAUCCAUCUCCGCCGUAUGCUCCGAUUAUACCGCCGGCACUUUAUACGCGUGAAAACAUUCUUCGGCUGCGAGAUGAAGCCGGCCCAUACGUUUCCGUGCUGAUAUUGAUGAACAAUGCCAGUGGGUUGGAACAGUUCAGUCAGGAAUCGCGGUGCCCCAACCAGUACAGUGGACUUUCGUCCGUACUAAAGCAGAUAGCAGACGAUCAGCGAUGUAGCGUCGAUCGGGCUGAGGACAGCUGGAACCCGUGGGGUAGUGGAUUGCUGCUGGAAGACUUUCCGUUUCCAAUCUUUUACGUUGCGGGUGUGUCGGAGAUGGAAAAAUUGCUCGAUUGCUACGAACGGUUUAACGCACACGAGCUCGACCAUCAGCAUCAGCGCAGCUUGUGUGCGAUUGAGGUGAAAGCGUUUAUGUCGGCAGCCGUCAGUACGGACAUUUGUAUACGGCGAUCCAACUCUUACAAUUCGCUCAUUCCAGCCACAAAGUACUGUGAUCCGCUGCAGGGGAAAAACGUGUAUGCCACGCUGUUUCCCAGACCGAUCGUACCGGAGGAGCAGCGCGUCGAAGGACCGGAACGGAUUGUGCUCGUUUCAACCCGCACCGAUACGACCACCAUGUUCGAUGGUGUCGGGCUGGGUGCAAUGGAUUCGGUCGUUCCUUUCGCCGUGCUAGUAUCGGUGGCCCAUUUUCUCUCGAAAGCCUUACCGAACAACGAUCGGAAUGUACUGUUUUUGUUCUUCAAUGGAGAAUCGUACGAUUACAUCGGUUCCCAGCGUUUCGUUUACGAUUUGCAAACCGGUGCAUUCCCGUCACGUGGCACGCAAACCAAACCCAUCACGAUGGACAACAUUGAGCUGAUGAUUGAUCUCGGAUCGCUGGACAACCUGACCGACCUGCAGGUCUAUCACGCAGCACCGCAGCCGAUGGCCACGAAGGUGGCCGAGUUGCUGCGCAAAAUUAAUCAAUCGCUCAAGUUCGGCAUUCAGUCAGGGCAGCCGAUUCUCACACAUAAUCUGCCGCCAGUUUCGGCUCAAUCAUUCCUGCGGGAAAACCUUACCUUCCCUGCUGUGGUAAUUGCCUCCAAGCCGGGCAAUCGGUUUUAUCACUCGAUUUAUGAUGACCAGGAGAAUCUGCACUAUCGCUACGGGAACCAUUCGCAGAAGUAUGACUUUACGCAGCUAGAAGAUCUUGAUCUUGGCGAUCGGAGCGAUCUGUAUGGGAAGGAUUCGAUCCAGAUGCGCAUACGGAACGCGUCCACAUUGAUCGGUAUGAGCAUCUACGAGCUGCUGGUAGGCAGAGCGUACGAUCAGCGCAAUGGCACCAACAGUGUGCUGAUAGACGAGUUCCUACACUGCUUCCUCGAAUCGGCCGACUGUCCGUUGUUCCGGGCGACGGUAAAACCGGAUACACCGCACGUCUAUCCAGCCCCUCCGUCCCGAUACAUUAGCGUGCACACAACGCUAACCGCGGAUGCAACCGGAUGGACGUACCGGGUGCUUGGUUUGCUGCUCGGCCAGAGAGUGGAGAACGUAACCAAGGCGGAUUGUGCGGCAAUGUACCUACCAUAUCAGUGGAUGGCCGGUUAUGACGGGACAGGUGAAUGUCGUAGAACAACGCAAAACAUGAGCUUGGCCCUUUCGCCUGCGUUCACGAACGAUACGUACGACUUUACCUCCUACCGUUACUCGACCUGGACCGAGUCGACGUGGUCGGAGAUGUCGGCGCGAAUAUUUCUACGACCCUCGCCAGCCCACGAGACGCUUACACUGUCGAUAGGCAUUGUGGUGAUGGUGAUUUCGUUCGUGUUGGUAUUUCUCAUCAACAGUCGCUCGGACGUACUGUUCAAUCAGGGUUCCACUUCGUCGAUACCCAUUGCCACACAGCCAACACAAUGUUGAAGCGGUCAUUCUAAUCCGAUUCCGGAUUCUGUUGGGCUUGAUGGUAUGAUCGAGCGGACAUGACCGAAUAUGCUGUAGUAGCACAUCAUCAUCGCCACAGCGGUAACAUUCUGUUGCCGUUGUUUCGUCCCAAAAACUAUCUUCGUCGUUGCCUGUCUCACCACCAACAACUGGGCAAUCGAACUAUUCCAUCAGACUUUAGCUUACUUAAACGAAUGAAACUAAUGAUAAUACUACCUAACGUAAAUAAUGUCGUAAUACAAUUGAUAUUUAUACCAUA